GAGUGGCAGGUUCUUCGCCAAGUUUCGCCAAGGUGCAGAGGUAGACGAUGGACCCGGAGGUGCGGGUGUUGCGUGCGGCGGGCGGCUUCGGCCGAGCCCGGCGCCUGCUGGCCGUCGCCUCGUGGCUGCCAUGCGUGGCGCUGGGUCUGGCGCUGAGCUCGGAGCCGCUGCUCACCGCACUGCCCGCGCAUCACUGCCGGCCGGACCCCGCGCUGCUGCCCCCAACGCUGCGCGCCCUACGCGGACCUGCGCUGCUCGAGGCCAGCGUGCCGCGCCUGGGCCCCGCGCGCUCCCCGAGCCCCUGCCUGCUGCUGCGCUACCCCGAGCCCGCGCUCCGCGCCCGCCCCAACGGCACGGGGCCCUGCACUCGCGGCUGGCACUACGUUCUGCCCGCCGCCGGCCUGCUGCGCAGCCCGGUCACCCAGUGGAACCUCGUGUGUGAGGAUGGCUGGAAGGUGCCACUGGAGCAGACGAGCCACCUCCUGGGCUGGCUGCUGGGCUGUGUCAUCCUGGGCAUGGGCUGUGACCGGUUUGGCCGCCGAGCUGUGUUUGUAGCCUCCCUGGUGCUGGCCACAGGCCUGGGGGCUGGCGAGGCCCUAGCUGCCAGCUUUACUGCCCUGCUGGCCCUGCGGCUGCUUCAUGGAGGGGCUCUGGCAGGGGCCUCCCUUACCCUCUAUGUGGCUCGCCUGGAGCUGUGCGACCCCCCACACCGCCUGGUGUUCUCCAUGGGGGCAGGCCUCUUCUCGGGGGUGGGCACUCUGCUGUUGCCCGGCCUGGCCCUGCUCGCACAGGACUGGCGCCUUCUGCAGGGGCUGAGCGCUCUGGCAACAGGACUCCUGCUGCUCUUUUGGGGGUACCCAGCCCUGUUUCCUGAGUCUCCCUGCUGGCUGCUGGCCACUGGGCAGCUGGCCAGAGCCAGGAAGAUCCUGUGGCACUUGUCUGAAGCCAGCGGCGUGGACCCUGAGAAUGGCCCCGAGGAAGAGAGCUCCCUGGCUACAGAACUGGACAUACUGUCUGCGGGGAGCCCCCAGCCCCAGCACCACUGCAUCCUGGAGCUCCGGCAUACCCACGUCACCUGGAGGAACGGACUCAUCCUGGGCUUCAGUUCGUUGGUCGGUGGGGGCAUCAGAGCCAGCUUCCUCCGCAGACUGUCCCCACAUGAGGGUGUCUUCUACGGACCCUACUUCCUGGUAGCCGCCCUAGAGAUGGCAGCCACCAUCUUCCUGCUCCUGACAGUGGAUCGCUGGGGGCGUCGCCUGAUCCUGUUGCUGGGUACCUUGGUCGUGGGCCUAGCAUCCCUGCUGCUGCUUGCCGGGGCCCAGUACCUGCCGGGCUGGACCGUGCUGUCCCUCUCUGUCCUGGGGCUUGUGGCCUCCCAGGCCGUGUCCACCCUCAGCAGCCUCUUUGCAGCUGAGAUCUUCCCCACAGUAACCAGGGGGGCAGGGCUGGGCCUCGUGCUAGGUGCCGGGUUCCUGGGCCAGGCGGCCGCCCCACUCGCCAACAUGCACGGCCGGCGGGGCUUCUUCUUGCAACAUGUGGUUUUCGCCUCCUUCGCCAUCCUUGCCCUGCUGUGUGUCCUGCUGCUGCCCGAGAGCCGUGGCCGAGGGCUGCCACAUUCGCUACAGGAUGCUGACCGCCUUCGCCGCUCACCACUCCUUCGGGGCCACCCCUGCCAGGACCACCUGCCCCUGCUGCCACCAUCCCAUUGUCGGACCCAGACACAGCUGGUCUAGGAGGGGUGACCCUGAGUGGAUACACACCUCCCCUCAGAUGGCCACGUGUCAGUGUGGGCAGAAGGGCCUCAGGGAGGACUCCUGGGGACAGUGUGAAGAGGGAGCCCCAAUGGGGUUCCUUGUUCUUGGGGGCACUUGUGGAGGAUAAAGGCACCCAUAGAACUUGGCAUCCUCACUGGUUCUUCCUUCAGUCCGCAUCCUGGGGCUGGGGGGGCUCCCCACUUUAGGCUCACUACCCCAAACCAGGGUGCCCCACUACCCCUCCCACCAUCCCCUGGGGCUAGCCCACUGCUGUAGCCGUGGUGGGAUGGGGGUAGAGUGAGACCCUGCACACCCCACACUGGAGAGACAGCAUAUUUUUAAUUCACAUUUGUUGGAGAGUUUUGCUUCCUUUCGUACAAACAUGAGAUCUGCAUGGGGGGAGGCAGAACUGGGAAUGGGGGUGGCCGAACCUCUCGCAGGCAACUCAGAGCAGGGCUGGUGGACCCUCGGGGUGGGAGAAGCGCCUCCUUCCUGCAGCACCACUCCGGGCUCUGGGCUCUGCCCCCUGGACUCCAUCCUCCCCUAGGAGAAACAGGCUGCCCAAGGCCCCUAGGUGUGGGGCCAGGUGCCCUGUGGCCACCUCCACACAGGUCAGCUGGUCCUUCCAGCCGCAUGGCCGGAUUUUGGUAUAUCUAGUCAGUUCCCUGUGGUCAGGCUGUCCAUCCUGGGAAGGAUGUUUGCCCUCGGUGUCCAGGUGGUUGUGCCCUCAACAGGGUGGGUGCAGGUCCCCAUCAGAAAGCUCCUUUCCCUGUCCUGAG